UUGCCAUCUAGAAACAUCUGUAUCUAUAUCAAUUUUUAACUUGAACAUCAGCGGUACUGUUUCGACAAAAUGCUGCCAUUUAUUUGUCAACAUGUCUGAAGAAAAUACGGUAUUCGCAAACCGGGCAAUAGCUGCACAUCUCCUCAUUGCCAGUAGUGUCUUGCGCAAUUUUUCGGAAGCACAACUAAGGGGCUAGAUUCACAGACGUUUUAUUACAUUUUUAAUUUGAAAGUUUUUGUUUCGUCAGCGCUUGGACUGACAGAGAAGGCUUGUUAAUUAAGCGACCGGACAUGGCGGACGGUGGGGAGACACCGGAAUGCUCUGUCUACCCAAAAAUUAUUACAUUGACAGUGAAGACUCCGAAGGAAAAACAAGAGUUCGCAGUGGCAGAAAAUAGCACCAUCAAACAGUUUAAAGAGGUCAUCUCCAAGCGGUUCCGGACACAAAUGGAACCACUGGUUCUGAUCUUUGCUGGGAAGAUCCUGAAAGAUUCAGAUCUGCUGACUCAGCAUGGCAUCCAGGAUGGAGUGACUCUUCACUUGGUCAUCAAAACCCAGAGCAGAAGGUCCCAGGACCUUGCUGCCCCUCCCUCCAGCAGCAGCGUGGGCGUGUCCACAGAGCCUGGGAGCACUGCACCUCCUGCCCCCACCUCCUCUUCCAGCACCCCAUCAAGCCUGGGUGGCCUGGCUGGGUUGGGUCCGGGUUCGGGCAGUUUUUGGGAGCUGCAGAUGCAGAUGCAGAGACAGCUGGUGUCAAACCCUGAAAUGCUGGGACAGAUCAUGGGGAACCCGUUUGUGCAGAACAUGCUGACGGACCCGGACCUAAUGAGGCAGCUGAUCCUGGGGAACCCUCAGAUGCAGCAGCUCAUCCAACGCAACCCAGAGAUCAGCCACAUGCUCAACAACCCUGACAUCAUGAGACAGACAUUGGAGCUGGCACGGAACCCUGCCACCAUGCGGGAGGUGAUGCGGACUCCGGACCGGGCGCCUGGCAACCUGGACAGCGCCCGCCCCAGGAUGAACACUGACAGGGUGAUGAGCACCAGCCAGGAACAGGUUGGGGGGAACCCUUCCACCCCGCUGGAGAGUAGCAGUAGCAGCUCGGCUCCGCCCUCUAGCACAGAGAGCAGAGACCCUCUGCCUGACCUCAGGGCCCCGCCCACAUCCUCAACCACUCCCUCUGCCACACCCACGUCUGCCCCCACCUCAAGCUCUGCCCCGCCCAAUGUGGGAUCUAUCCUUGGAGGUAUGCUGAGCACCCCGGGGAUGCCAGCACUGUUGCAGCAGAUGGCAGAGAACCCGCAGCUGAUGCAGAGCAUGCUGUCUGCCCCGUACAUACAGAGCCUAAUGCACAGCCUGAGCCAGAACCCAGACCUGGCAGCACAGAUGAUGCUGAAUAAUCCACUGUUUGCGGGGAACCCUCAGCUGCAGCAGCAGAUGAGACUACAACUCCCAGUGUUCCUGCAGCAGAUGCAGAACCCGGAGAUACUGACUGCCAUGUUGAAUCCGCGCGCCAUGCAGGCGCUCAUGCAGAUCCAGCAGGGUCUCCAAACCCUCGCCAGCGAAGCUCCCGGGUUCAUCCCAGGGAUUGGAUUAGGAGAGCUGGCAGGAGGCAGCAGCAGUGCCCUGGUGCCGGGCCCCGCUCCCGCAGAGCCCCAGGCUGACUCCCAGGGGGACCAGCAGCAGUUUGUGCAGGACAUGCUCCAGGCACUCGCUGCCACAAACCCACAGACUCUGGAGGACAGCUUCCAGCAGCAGUUGGAGCAGCUGAGUGGGAUGGGCUUCCUGAAUAGUGAGGCCAAUCUGCAGGCCCUGAUUGCCACCGGCGGUGACAUCAGCGCUGCCAUCCAGCACCUGCUGGGCUCACAGCCCUCCUAGCCCCGCCCCGCCCUGCAGAGCAGAAACACACCUGCUUUAUUUUAAUUACAUCGGCAGGUGAGACUGGAUAGAAUUGCGCAAUUUACAUACACACACACACACACACACACACAAACACGUGUGCAAUUUAGACACAAAUAUAUGCACACACAGGUGCACUAUUCACACACGUGUGCAAUUCACUCACAAACACAUACAUAUGUGCUAUUCACUCACGUGCACACAAACACACAUACAUAUGCGCUAUUCGCACACGCACACAGGCAUACGCUACUCCGUCUCUCCCUGCUCAUUAGCCCCACUUGCUGGAAGUCACAGACACACUUGUGCUUAGAGCCUAAACUCUUUAGACUCCUUUAAAAUAAGCAGACAACUGCUGCAGAACCACGCUUGUUUGCACCAUGAUUUCACAGGCAUUAACCGAGCCUUAAACACAGACAGCCAUAUAUUUAUUCACCUGUUACGCUGGUUUACACUUACGCCUGGGUAAGAGAAGUUAAACGUGUUAAGCUGCAGGCAGACCUGCGUAGGUCACUCAGAUACUCACAGGAAGGUUUGAAUGGGCUGCUUCUUUGCACUCUGCUGAUUGGAUGGUGUAAAAGCACAUCUGCACAUCUAUUGGACGAGGUAUUAAAGCACGGCUGUGCUGAUUAGACAAGCCCUCAGGGGAUCACAGGGAACCUCCCCCUGCCGGAGUUUAGAAAUGUGUCAGAUGUGAAAAUCCUCUUUGCUUUUAAACUGCCUGUAUAAAGAACACGUGUCAUGUUAAUUGUAACAUCUUGAGUUUUAAGCUGCUUUCUUCUGUGUACAGGCAAAUAAAGUAUAGUGAAAAGA